AUGGAGACGCAGCAACUCGCCACCACGCCCGCACGGCGCAGGCAUCCGCGGCUGGCGCUGCUCGGCGCGGUGGUGGCCGCUGUGGGCCUCCUCCUCGUCGUUGGCAGCGCUGGUGGCCGCCAAUUGCUCUUUGAGGAGGCGGGCGAGGAGUACGGUCUGCUCGACUUUAUGGGCGAGACACGCGUGCGCAGCUUCAUGGGCGGACAUCGCGUCCCGCUCUCCGAGGCGACGCCGGCCUCGGACCUCAUCGAGCUGCCGAAGGGCUGCCACUUGCGCACUGGCCUGAUGACCACGGCGCUCAACAUCUUCAUCGACGACUUUCUAAGAGGGGGGCCGUGGCCGCGGCCGGCGGGGAGGCCGUCGCGCAAGCGGCUCGUCUCCCAGCUAGGCACCUCCCUCCUCCUCCACAACAAGACCUUCACCGGCAGCACCGCCUCGCCUCGCAUCAAGCUGGCCCUCCGCCUCAACUACACGCUCGAGCAGGCGCACCCGUGGGGCUCGGUCCAGCUCGGCGGCGGGACCAUCGACACCACAGUGCAAGGCGCCAUCCUGAUCAACUACCUCGAUCUGCACGACUUCAACAACACGAUCAAGCACUGCGGAGGGCUGAUGGGCACCUCCGAGCUGAAGGUGCACGGGCUUCUCAACCUCGAGAAGGAGACGAUGGAGGCCGACGACCUCUCCGCCGACCAGACCUUCGUGCAGGAGCAGUGCAACGGGCCGAGCUACUGGGACUACGGCCUCGGACCACGCCCGGACGGGCUGGUCGACGCCAUCAACCACGAGGUGCGACGCUCCUUUUGGAAGGACUACGUGGCCCCGCCGCCCUCGCCUCCGCCGCCGUACUUGUGCGACUGCGAGUGGACGCUGGAGUUCGCCUGCCCGCACUCUGAGCCGCUGCAAACGGCAAAGACGUUCGCGGAGGACGACGGCUCGGCCUGCUUCGUGCACUGCUGCGUCGACCAGCACUACCGCGAGGUGUACGCGAGGCAGCCCGCGGCGGCGUCGUACGGCUCCUAUUAUGCAGGGGAGGAGGAGGGCGAGGAGGAGGCGGAGCAGGACGGCGAGGAGGAGGUCCAGGCUUCACGAGGGUGGUUUACCUUCUGAGGCGCGCACCGGUGCCCGAUGUGGGUGGGGGCGCGUGGUGCGGGGAGGGCUCCGGGUACAAUGCAUGCGAGGGGGGCGGUGGCGCAGCAGGGCUGCGUCUGUAAUGAACUCUCGCUGCGUGUGCAGAUGGGGCCCUGCGCUUGGAAUCCUCUCUUGUUAUCCUAUCCCGUGAUGUGCCAUGCGUGUCCGUCUUUCCUUUUCAAACCAUUAUUGUACA